ACCAGACACCAGAUGACGCUCUUGUCUUACUGUCCUGCCCUUUUUUUGCGCUAAAAGAUCCCCUUGCCUGGUCCUCAACAAACCAACAGCUCAAAGUUUACCGGACACGUUUCUCCUAUUCAUCAAUAUCCUCCAUUGAGUAUCAAAGCCAAUUUAUGACUGGCCAACAUGUGCACGUGAUCCCAUACAAAUACCCCCAUAUUUGGGCAGCGCACGUCGGAUCAAGAAUUAGAAAAAAAAAAAAAAAAAGAUACCAAAAGCCUACUCCACCUAUAAAUCCUGGAUUAUUUUUUUAAGGGGAAAGACAGCACUGAAUUUUCCCAAAAAGCAGCUACAAAGAAAAGAUCAACAACAAAAAAAACAAGGAAAUAACCCGCAACAUAGCCUAGUAAAAAAGAAAGUAUCGGUUUAAAAAAAAAAAAAAAAUGAGCUCUUAUGUUGACAGCUGCAAUCUCAAGACAACUUCUCCUAACACUAUGUUUAGUUUCGAUCUCUCUGGGCGCGCGUCCAGCCGCUAUGAGGGUGUUAAUGUGAACGGGAUAUUCACGACCUCCGUUCAACGGGAGGAGAUGAAAACUAGCCUGCGUGGCAGCACGGAUCCUCCUCUGCUCCCGUCGUCUGGACCACAGAUAACCAUGGUCUCCAGCAGCUCUACCGUGGACGCAAACGGACUCAACUACUGCGGAGGCGCGCUGCUGCUGGGACGCGAAAGAGAGCCGGAGCAGAGGAGCGCAAAAUCCGGCUGCAGCAACAACAACAAGAGCCAGGAGGUCGAGAGAAACGCGGAGAACACGCAAACUACUGCGAAACGACACUCAAAUGUGAGCCAGCGUCAGGACAGUGAGCAGCAGCAGCAGCAGCGGCCACAGAUUUACCCAUGGAUGACAAAACUGCACAUGAGCCACGAAUCGGAGGGUAAGCGGUCCAGGACCAGUUACACCCGCUACCAGACUCUGGAGCUGGAGAAAGAGUUUCACUUCAACCGGUACCUGAGCCGCCGCAGGCGCGUAGAGAUCGCCCACACCCUGUGUCUAAACGAGAGGCAGAUCAAAAUCUGGUUCCAGAACAGACGAAUGAAGUGGAAGAAGGACUCAAAGGUCAAAGUGAAGGAAUAAAAAAAGUGCACCAGAGAAAAAGAAAAGGAGAAAGAGAGAGAGUGUGCACGCAUGCAGCACGUUUUUCCCUGCACAGUGCUGCUGGAGUGCGCGCCUGACCUCCGGAUGAACUGCUAGGAGCAAUGACAUCAUGACACCAGCUCUGUGUGCUUCAUCACCAAUUAUGUGUCACUCGCUGCAAGUUUGGGACCCUAAUGUAUUGAAUAUCAUUCACUUUGAUCAAUCGGUUUACAUUUUCUAAAUUAAUUUGCUGCCCAUGCGAUGAUAACCUCACUUUGCUGCACGAAGAGGACAAGAGGUUGAGGGUCCUUCACGCUGCGAGGCUUUUCUGUGGUCCGCAGUGGAAAAGGCUGCACAAUAAUAGCUACUAAUAAUCUAUUUUAAUUAGGAUAAGAGGAGUAGUGGAGGCUGGGGGGAUCAUUUCCAACUCUCAUCAUCAUGUGAUUAAAAAAAAAAAUCUAAAUAAAGACAAAAUAUUUCUGGUUUGUUGUUAAGCAACAACAGUUUCCCACUUCUUUCCUUUUCUUUUCUUUUCUUUUCUUUUUUUUUUAAAAAUUCACUCUCUAAUAUGUUGCAGUGGUUGAGUGUGUGAUGUGUCCAGUGAGCUAAUAUCUCUGUGAGUGCAGGUGUCAUCCCUGUUGUCUGUUGUCAUAUCCUUGUGAAUCUUAAAGCAUUAUGUAUAAUAAUUCAAGCGACUGUAUGUGAUAACAUUGUUGAUGUGUGCAAUGAAAGCCAUUUCUCUGGUUUUACACGAGGCCUAUAUAGAAGAAGAACUGAUAGAUGGCUCAAAUUGUCGAUUGUAACCAAUAAAGUGUCAUCAUUAAAAAGCAAGGAAUUUUCCCUAUAUGGUCGGUAUAUGCACAUUUCUGUUUUUUUUUUAUUUUCCUCAAAUCAGGGGGUAAAUUGUACUUUAAAAAAAAAAAAAAA